AUUCAGCUUCCAUUGGAAUGGCUUGAAGCAAGAAAUUAUAAUCAAUUUUAUCUUAGAAAAGUGUUUGGAGAGAGAGAUUGCACACCUCCUCUACCUCCAGUACUUGAAGUUUGUGACACAAUAACUCAAGGAGAAAGAAAGCGGCAACAACAUCAUUCUUGAACAGCAAGCCUAGGAAAUGGAAUGAGCGGUUUGAAUUCUAGUGAUCGAAGUUGUCUCUGAAAGUCCUCCGCUUGUUAUGCUUCACCUGCACUCACAAUUCCAAGCUGUAUACCUAAUCUCACGGAAGAGUGGGUGAGGAAGCCAAAGGGAUCAAGAAGGCAAUAGAAAGAAAGAAAGCAAAAAAUCGUUUCUUUGCCGUAAAACCUUGGAGAAUCAAUGGGUGUUCCGACAGCAGUGUUUACUGAGACAAACCUGGGAACCUACCUCGCCGUUCCGGCCUCUCCGGACAUCACGGCCGACGACUUCAAGAGGGAGGUGGAAAUGGCACAUCUCAAUUGUUUCCCCGAAUUCGGAACUAUAAGGGUCAAAGCAGUGAUGGUGACGCAAAAAUUACAACGUUAUCACUUAUCGGGGUCUUUGCCUCUCAAGUUUGCCUUUCUGGGUUCAAAUGUUAAUUGGUUUCUUCAAGCACACGUUAUUUUAUCAAAUGUUCCUACUCGUGUAGAGUCACGGAGACACAAUGGAGCUGAAGUUUGCAAUCUGAAUUCCGCUGCUAAUGUGAUUACUGACUCAGUUGAGGUGGCGGGCGCUUCCUAUGAGAAGAGAACAAAAUGCAAAAGAAAGAUUAAGGUAGGAGGAUUUCUGAAGAUUUCUACAGCUUUGUGUUUCCGUAGAAAGUGGAAAAGGAAAAAUGUGAAGAAAAAGCCUGAAACGAGACACCCAAUACGAGGGCGAAUGCAGCAUUGUCUUGUUGAAAAGGAAAUGUUGUGUGAAUUUGCUACUGGAGCUGAAAUGAAUUUGAGUAAAAAGUCGGAUUCCAAUGUGAUUGGUGAGGCCACGAGUGAAACGAUCUCAGUUUCAGGGAUUAUCAACAAGUACUUCUCAGAUUAUGAUGAAGUGGCCUCUAAUCCAGAAUCUCUUUUUACCACAGCACGAUAUAGAUGCAGGAAACAGCGCACCGGAUGUGAAUACUGGUCUGGUGUAGUGAAGUCACAUGUAUCUCCCAAUUCUGAGAGGCAUAAAACACCAAACAUUGGAAAGGGUCUUUUGGUUGCAUCAGCUAGUUGGGGGCUGACUCCAUGUAAUCGACGUUCCAUACUUUCUCUGUACCGUCACAAUCAUGGAGAGUCGUUGUUCCCUGAAUUCUCAGCUACAGAAGACAGUGUUUGAGAUGGCUGAUGAAUAACUGUAAAGUGCAACUCUCUUGUUUAUAGACAAGUGUAUAUUUGUGAAGGUGGCUUUCACUUUUGAGAAUGGGUCAACUGAAUGAAUAAGUGUCCACUUGGGAAUAUAAGUUACUGCCCUCCAUCAGAAACUGAUCUUUCUAAUGAAAAAGAUCUGGUAGAGUUUUCAUUCUCUCAUUUGCCGCUGUUACUUCAAAUUGCUGUUUGAAGACUAAAUGUUGUUAUUCUUGAAAGAAUUUGAUGGUAUCAUGUUUGUUGUCAUGUAAUGUAACUAAGUAGGAGCUGUUUUGAUAUAUGGCUAUUUGAUUUGCAGAUGUAAGUAUUGAUGUUAAUGGAAAUGGGAAAGCAAGUCUUUAAGUCCUACUCGCAUGCUUCACCUUCUCCAGCUGUGGAGUCAAGUGUGUUUGGUGUUCUGGUCCUUGAUCACUAUGACAACUAAGGAAAAAGCAAUUGCAUUAUGUUUUUCAAAAUUAUUUGCAUUUUUG